AUGCAUCGUCUUUUGAGAAGCAAGGGCUACGAGUUCCCGGCGGUGAGAAAGGAGGACGCUGCUGUUCUGAACCCUAGCGACAACAUCAAGUCGAUCGACGAGAUUCAACGGGAGGAGAGAAUUGCCCAGAGUGCCAAGUUGCAGGAGCUCGUGAGAAGAGGCAGACCGCAGGACUUGAAGGAGGCCAACGACUUGAUGAAGAUCAUGUCUGGGUUCAAGCACGACGAGACCAUGGACGAGGCCAGAAACAGGGUCAAUGAGGACGUGGAGAAAGUGAGCAGAAAGGCCAGCAUUUUGGACGAGAUGCUCAACAAUGCCACCAACACCGGCACGUUCGACCCAUCUGACGAGACUAUUGCCGAGCUGAUCAGCUCCUUGAGAGUGGCCCAGCCAAAACUGCAGACUCUCGUUCAGGAGGAGUCCGACGACCAGGAACAGGUUGGCAAGCUGCUGAGUCUCAACGACAAGAUCAACUCCAUUUUGCAGAAGGCCGAUCUCCUGAAACAGGGCGACGUGGCCAACGCAUCCAAGGUCAAGGUUGCGGGCGGCGGCGGACUGAACCUGAUCGAUUUUGACGACGACGAGCCUGCACCUGCUGCGUCGAACGCGCCUGCUCCGACCGCCAACGACGCCAUGGCCGAUCUCCUUGGCGACCUGGGUGGACUGUCGUUCGAGCCAAAGACCGGCUCCAGCUCCAACAUCACCGGUGCCGGCUCGUUGGGCAACUUUGGUGCCAUCAACCUGCUCGGGUCUCCAAGCACCACCAGAGAACAGUCGCCGUCCGUGGACAUUUUGUCUGCGUUCUCCACGACGCAGAAGGCCGCUCCAGCACAGCCGGCUGCUCUGGACCCGUUCCAGUUCGACUUCUCGUCGGUCUCUGCGCCGGCCGCUGCCACCAACCUUGUGACCAGCGGCGACGUCAAGAUCGAUUACGUCGUGGACCACAAACAGCCUCUGUCGCUUACGUUCAAGUUCUCCAACACGUCUCCGAUCUUCCCUGUGUCCAAGCCGCAAUUCUCCAUUGCCGUGACUAAGGCCUUCGAGCUCACCAUGGAGCCUCCCUCCGGCUCGGUGAUAGCGCCAUCAUCGGCCCCAGUGACCCAGAAAGUGGUCAUCAAGCACAAGAACGGCGAGGCCUUCAGCUCGGCCAAGAUCAAGUACAAAUUCGACUACGAGCAGAACAGCACAGCUAAAGAGGUCACCGGAGUGGCUACCAUCUCCAUCUAG